AUAGAGUCUGACGAUGGCAGUGGGCACUAGCUUUACCAUCACGAGCGUCACCAUCUACAACAGGGUGGGCGCCCCAGAGAGACUGAACAAUGUUGAGCUGUAUGUGGAUCAGCAACUAUGUAACACUAUAACAAACGGCGACCAGCUGGUAGUGAAUGUCAACUGCAGUCAACCAGCGAGAGGACAGAAAGUCAAGUUACAAAAGAACAGCCUCCUUUUACAAUUUUGUGAACUUGAAGUAUGGGGACGACCGUCGACGUGAGCUGACAACCGAGAGUUCAAGUACAGUCGACAUGGCGGACCAGGGGUCCCACAACUCUGUGCCUGGCCUAGAACUGCUUGGAAUCCUCGGUAGUGGGUCGUUUGGUGUAGUCUACCUGGUGAAAAAUGAAAGUGGCGAAGAGUUCGCCCUAAAGAGCCUCAACUUAGACCCCGAUAGAAGCAGCAAGCCAAAGCAGGGUGACCCCGAGGCAGAACGUGACCUGUUGAGGUCGCUAAGCCACGAGCACGUGCUGGCCUACGUCGACAGUUACGUGGUCGAAUGUUUCCUCUGCGUCGUCACGGAGUACUGCCAGGGUGGCGACAUCGAGCGUUUCCUUGGCAACAGCGGGCGCCAGUACCCGAGGACUUGCUGACGUGCUGGCUGCAUCAGAUGGCGCUCGGCCUGGAGUACAUGCAUACCCAUGAUCCUGUUGUACUUCAUCGAGACCUGAAGCCAAGUAACAUCUACCUGACAGAGCGUGGGGACAUCCGCCUGGGGGACCUGGGUAUCGCGAGAAAACUAGAAAAGCGUCUGACCUCGCGACCACCGUGUGCGGUACCCCCAGCUACAUUAGUCCGGAGCAGCUGCAGUAUAUCCCUUACUGUGCUAAGACUGACAUCUGGAGCUUAGGAUGCUGUGUCGUGAUGAUGGCGACGUUGAAAAAGCCUUUCGACGAAUCCUCGCUCUACAAACUUAUUCACGCCAUAGUCUAUACGGAUAGAAAGCCGCUGCCCAUUGCCUAUAGUAGAGGGUUCGACCAUCUGAUAGGACAGAUGCUAGAGAAAGAUCCUCGACUCCGACCCUCCGCUUCCCAACUGCUUGAGCACCUUUUGUUGCUGAAAGAGUCCUCGGCCAUCGAACAGAAGCCACUCGAUCUCUUGGCACGGCAUGAUCUUCUCCGUAUCUUGAAACAGCCUCAGAAAGUGAAGAAACUUCUCAGCGAGGAAGAGCAGAGAGAGUUCUCAACCCUGACAAUGAAUCUGUCUAUCAUUAGAAAUACUCCGAGAGACCAGACUGACAGAGCUCACGCCAGAGUCAAGACCGGAAAAAGUCGCGAACGAGGGGAAUCUGGAGGUGGCUCGACCACAAGGGCAAAGAGGACCUCAGAGGUCGGCGACGACGAUGAGGAAAUAACACUGCGCUCGUUUGCCUCGUGGGGGGAGACUUUUGUAGACCGCGGAGAGACAGCAAACUCGCAGAAGACGAUAACAUCAUCGAUAGCUUCUUCUACGGCUCACAGUAUGUCGUGCGAUGAAUCAACCUUCAUAGAUCGUGGUACGAUGAGGCCUGUGAGUGACACAGUGACUUCUCUUCCUCUGUCACUUUCUAUGAUUCACUUUGAGGAGAGCCUCUUGGACCCAGAGACGAAACCUAGGCAAGAGAAGACUUUGAAAUCGAGGGAGAACUCUUCUGCCUCUCUGUCCUUCACGGAACAAGAUCCGGCGAGGUCAGCACAACAUCAGAAGAUAAAAUCAUCGGGGAAGUCUCCUUUGACAGUGUCCAAGUCGUCUGAGGAAGCGUUACAUCACAAUAGGACAAAAUCUGCUCGACGUCAGGCAAAGCUUCCUUUAAAAAUGACCAAGUCAACUGUUGAAGAAUCGGAUAAUGGUGCCACAAAAUCUGCCUAUCACCAGAGCAUGGAAUCUCCUUUGGCAUUGCCCAAUACGGUAGAGAGCUCCUUGUAUCAUUAUAGAGAAAAUUCUGCCCAACACCGGACUGUGACGCCUUCGGAGACCUCGAGCAAGCUGCUCUCCUCGACAUCAUGCCGGGACACCGUGGAUAGCGGUGAGACCAAACCGUCCAUGACAUCAUCACUGCCAGCAACGUUACAAAAGCCUUCGAGGCUCAGCAUCCUCGUAUCGACAAUAGGAGCGCCUUCAAAAACCACUGGAGUUUCCGAAAGCGAUGACCACAUCAGUAAUAGAGUGGGCAGUUCUCUGGACGUUCAGAUGGAAAAUCUGAAAAAGUCUUUGAAACGUGCGCUUAGUCAGAGUCCUUCUCUGGAUCAUGAUGCCAUUGUGGAUCUUCUGACUGCCAGCCAGAACCCAUACACGGCACUGGCGCAGUUGAUGAAACUGCUGGAUGAAACCGAAUAUUAACAAGUUCCGACCUUUCAAAAGUGCCAGUAAUCGUUUUAUGACAGUAACAAAAUAUUCCGAUACCUACUCCGUCGGCAGCUUCUGUGCAUAUUUGCUUAUGUACGGGAAUAGUACGAGAAUAUUUAUUUGUGCAAAUGAUGUAACUCAUUUGCCAACGUUGUAUACAGCUAUAACUGUUUGAAAAUGUGUUUGUCAUAAACGAACAGUCAGUAUAUUGAUAAUAUUCAAAUACAGCUUUCACAUUGUAUGGGUGACAGCGUAGUCUCUCAAUGUCUACACACUAAAAUGUUUAGUGACGGUCGUCUCCUAACCUUUUCAUGUCGUAAUUGGAGAGAGAGAUGUUAGAGACCUCUCUUUUCUCUGGGCAAGCUUUACGUAGGGCGGUGCCCUUCUCCUCUCCCUCGCUGUCUUAUCUUUUCCCACCCCUUUAAAAAGUCAGGUACCCAUUCCCGUCAUCUGGGUCGACUGGGGCAAUUUUACUGCGCUAUUCGGAAAUCGAACCAGAGCGUCUUUUACUUGGUACGCCAGCGCCCUCUUCUUCUAUCCGCUGCUCCUGUGUUUAAUGUAGAGCGCGAGGCAUAGUUUGCAUCUCUGGCAAAUAUUUGUUGGAAGAAUAUGCAUUGACUAAUGAAAGAGUACGAGUGCCGGCCAUGUACGUAUGCUUUUUUUUUUUUUCUGUUCUGAGUGAGCAAUCACUCAUCGAGUACUCGACGUCUCUGGGACGCUUAAUUCUUGCUAACUGGGUGUGGUGCUGAUAGCAUUCCACGCGGUCCUUUCGUCUUCCUAUGUUCCAAGUUCAUGUGUACUGUUUUCUUUCGAAAGGCUGAAAUAAUUUUAUGUGUGAUGAUGGUGUUCGAUCGUUUGUACCGAAUGUACUGUGUUGGGGUGUGACGACUCACGACUGGUUCACAUUACUAGACGUUUUAGAUAUAUGGAGGAACAUCUUGCGCCCUAUGUCUUCUUUUACUUAUGCAAGAAAAUCGGUCACGCGAACAGUCCAUUAUUUUUGGCAAUACAGGACUCAUAUUAAGUAUAUCCACGGACGUGAAUAGGUGGAUUGCUGUCUGCCGAGAAGAAAAACCCACAAUAUAGUCCUGUGAGCCUGUGGAAACAGAUUUUGUGAGUUUAUGGGAGCCUGACUGGGUCAGUGUGUAGUUUUCCAAAUAAAAUGUUUUUAACUUCUUAAAACAUC